GACUCACCUUCUCCAUCCACCCUUCCCGCCUUCGCAUCUCAUAACGCAAACAUGGGUGACCCGCAAUACAUGAAGUUCCCCGACCUCAGGCUGGCCCAGUCUGUCUUCACCCUCGCCUCGCCAUCCACCUCAUCCUCGGCGAAACAAACAUCGCUCACAGCACUCCAAGAUGCCAUCCGGGAGCACAAGAUGGCUCCCUUGUACCACUACCUCGCACAUCCCCAGACUGGCAAGCUGAACGCAACCGGUGAAUCUGCCUCGUCGCAGAAAACCUCAUCAGCCGCCCCCGUGCCGUCGCUACGAAGAACCUCCAGCAUCAACACUACCAGCAUCAUCGGCGUUCUCGGCGGCUUUAAGCAAACCGGCGGAGCUGACUUACCGUGGGAUGAGAAGCUCUACGAGUCGAUGAAGCGUGAGAACGAGGAAGAGUUGGCCGCUAUCCAGAAGGAGGAGGAUGAGGCUGCCGAGCGCGAGGGCGACACUGAGGUCAACACAGCUCGCGGCAAGCGCGCUGAGUUGUAUGCCCGUAUUGGCGAUAAGGAGAAGGCCCUUGAAGCUUUCGAGAAGUUGUUGGAAAAGACUGGCAUUCUGGCCUCCAAGAUCGACAUUGUUUUGGCCAUCAUCCGUAUCGCCAUGUUCUUCGACGACAAGACUCUGGUCAAGAAGAGCGUCGAGCGUUGUCAAGCCUUGGUUGAGUCUGGUGGUGACUGGGACCGUCGCAAUCGCCUAAAAGCCUACCAGGGUCUCCACCUUAUCACAAUCCGCUCGCACGCUGCUGCCGCCCCCCUUCUCCUUGACUCCCUCAGCACAUUCACCGCCACAGAGCUCUGCUCAUACAGCAAUCUGGUCGUCUACGCUGUCCUUGCCGGCAGUGUAGCCCUUCCCCGUCGCGAUUUCAAGUCGCGUGUCGUUGACGCUCCCGAGAUCCGUGCCAUCGUUGGUUCCGAGGACAGCAAUGAGAGAAUUGCCGGUCUUUCUGGUGCCGUCUCAUCACACCCUUCAGCCGGUACCGACACCAGUGCCAUGGACGUCGACACCACACAAGCAACAUCAGCCACACCCAAGCCCGCCGUCGUCAAUUUGACCACUCUGAACUCCGGAUCUGGCGAGCAAGACAAGGCCGAGCCCGAGAUUGACUUCUCUCCUCUCGCCCAAAUGAUUCGCUCCCUCUACUCUGGUCACUACCAAAACUUCUUCCGCUCUCUCAGCAGCGUCGAGACACAAUUCUUGGCACAAGAUCGCUACCUGUACGAGCACCGCCGCUGGUACGUCAAGGAGAUGCGCCUGCGCGCCUACGCCCAACUGCUUCAGAGCUACAAGGUUGUCGGUCUGGAGAGUAUGGCACAAAGCUUCGGUGUCAGUGUCGACUGGCUGGACCGCGACCUUGCUCCUUUCAUCGCUAGCAACCGUCUUCCUUGCACCAUUGACCGCGUCAAGGGUGUUAUCGAGACUCAGCGUGCUGGUGACAAGAACAAGCAAUACACGGACGUCGUGAAGCAGGGUGAUCAGCUCAUCACCAAGUUGCAGAAAUACGGCCAAGUCGUGAGACUGCGUGGUAGUGAGAGAACUUGAUUGAAAGAGCAAGGGAAAGCAUAAUGCAUGAUGGCAAAGGGCAGGAAAUGGCAUGAUGUGUACCAUAGAUGGCGAAAUGAUCAGGUAAAGGUCAUACUGCAAUAAAAGCAACCAAAACGCUUUUUAUCACGUCCC